GGAGUCGGGCCCAGUUGGGACCUAAGGCCAUUUGAGCCCUUAGGAGCCCGCUGACCCCUGACCCCAGGGUUCUGUGGAGACCUGGUCAGCCCCACAGGGCUAUUUUGGGGGCAUUUCAGUGUGUGUGUGUGUGUGUGUGUGCGUGUUUUCCGCUGCUGGCUGUGAGGUGCACACCACGCACAUUCACACGCACACACAGAAACCUAAAGACCCCGUUUAUCUGGGCACAAAGGCAAACAAAUACAUACAAACACAGAGGCAGACACACAGAGAAUAACACACCCGUGGGGAAACCCAAGGACCCUCCCACACAGCCCACAACACCACCAGCCACACAACCCUGACAGACACACUUGUGGACACACGCAACACGCACACACACACAAAUGCACGAAUGCACAAACAGGACAUAGCUGGCCACUCGGGCACAGACGGACACGCUUAUGCACUUGUGUUCGCGUACUUGGAGACACCACCCGCUGUGUGCUGAUGGGCUGAACCCCCACUCUCCUGAUCUCACGCGGCCCGGAGGACUCCCCGGAGAACAACACGCACGGUGUCCUCCUCAUGGGCGGGCCAGCUUCACAGGCACUGGUGACGGAGAAACCCAGGAUCAGCUCUGAGCUCUGCCACUCCUGGCUGUGUGACCUUGAGCAGCCCAUGGAUCCCCUCUGUGUCGUUUCUGCCCUAUAAAAUGGAGAAAUCGCUAAGGUCGUACGGGUAACGCCGGGCCAGGCUCGGAGACCUCUGAAGCCCACACUGUCUUGUCAUUAACUCCAUUUUAGAGAUGAGCAAACCGAGGUUUAGCAAGGUGGAGCUGAUUCUGCUGAGGUCCCCGGGGCUUACGGACAGAAACGGCCCGCAGCCCGGAAGAGUUAGACACGGGCCCAGACUCCGUAGGACACCAGAGCCAGGAGCCAGUGAACACGCUUAUCCGCAGGCACAGACACAGCCCGCCUCAGAGGACCCAGGGGGCUUUGCGACACCCCCUCGCCCCUGUAUGUCUGAGCCUCUGCCCCUCAUGGCCUUGCACCCCGGGGUCACCAGCAGUCUCUGGUUAAUGAUAACCCUGAUGUUUAUGCAGCCCUGGGGAAGGCUGACAGAGGAGCAGAGAAGUGACGCAGGGCUGGGAGCACCGGGCCAGCUCCAGCCAGUCCUUGGCUUCCCUCCCUCUCGAGGCCAACUGCUCCAGAGAGGAGCAGCUCCCCACUUUCUAGCUGCGUGAUGUUGGGCCCGUGACUUAACCUCUCUGAGGCUCAGUGUCUCCUUCUGUAAAACGGGGCUAAAACAGUAGUCACCUCAGAGGGAAGUUAGGAGGACCGUCGGAAACGAUCCGUGGAAAACAUUUAGAACAAAGCCCGGCAGUCAGUGACACGCACCCGUUAGGUAUCGUCACUGUCGCCAUUGUCAUUCCCCUUGUGAGCCGCAGCGAGAACCCUGGUGGCUGAGUGCUCUGUGAGUAUGGAUUUAGGCGUGUCUGCGUCCCCUCUGUGUCCCUGGCACGAAGUUCUUUAUCGUUUCAAAGACCCCGUAAAGAAGUGUAUCACCCCUACUGUACAACUGAGGCAACCGAGACCUGAAGGGCCUGGCUCAAAUCACAGAGCCGUUUGGGUCCAGGACAAGCCCUUGGGUCCGGAGUCCACACCCAGGCCUGCCGACCACGGCGGGGCGCCUACCCUGCGCUGACCCACGAGCGGGGGCCACGGCCUCCUUCAUCUCACGGAGUGCUCUGCACACCUGGGGAGUGGGUGCCACCGACUGCCCCCCUCGACAGAUGGGAAAACUGAGGGUCAGGGAGGUCAAACGACUCGCCUGAGCCCACGCAGAACCGAGCCCGUGGUCCUUCCUGAGCUGGUGCCGGUGAGCCCCCUGUCCUCCACGUCUUCCAGGCGUGUGCAGCCGUAGCCAGAGAUGCCGUGUGUUUCCCUCAGGGGUGGGAGGACGGAGGUUAGGUUUAGAUCUGUCCGGUGCCAUGAAGCGAAUCACUUAAUCACUUCCUGCCUCGGUUUUCCCACCUGCAAAGUGGGGAUCCCACCUCACAGGGCUGUUGUGAGAACCGAGUAAAUUCAUGUUAAGUCAGGCAGACGGUAAGUGCUCAACGAUUAUUGUUACUACUCUUUCAGGUUGGGGAACACGUGUCAUUUAUUUCUGGAUUUUGCUUAUUUAAUGCUAAAAGCAGAGUCCAAAUGAAAACAACCAGUGUUCGUGAGUUCUGGUCUCCCAAGAAAGAACACAAAAAUCACGAGACAGGCCCUGGAGCCGGCUGCUGGGGCUUGAGUGCUGGCUCAGCCCCAGUCAGCAACCCAAAUCGCAAAUUACUUGACCUCUCUCCUCAGCGUUUGUGCCUGUAAAAUAGCCAUAUAAUAAGGUCAACCUUAGACAGCUGUUAGCACGAGCUAGUAAACUUUUAGGACAGGGCCUAGUGCAGAGCCAACGCUGAGGGAGGGGGUGGCACCAUCACCACCAUUGUUUGCUUGCAUUGGUUCCUUAUCCACGGCGGGUGGUGGGCACUCAAGGGGUUAAUUUCAGGCUGGCCUGGAGGCUGUGGGUUUGGGGCAGGGCAGCGGCCCUGCCCUGUUUGGCCACCAGAGGGAGCAGCUGGGCCUUGGUGACCGGGCACAUCACACCCUCCGGGAGCCAGGGGAGGGGGCUGGCUGGGCGUGGCCAGGAUGGCUCCAGCCCCCAGCUGUCUCUUCUCCCACCCCCUCCGCCUGCAGAGCCAUCCGGUCCCCACCCGGGUGACAUCCUCCUUACACUCCCUGAGUGGGGUGGAGUGGGAAAUCUGGGGAGGGGGCUGGCUGAGAGUGGUCAGCUCCAGCCCUUUGUGGCCCCUCCCCUCCCAUGGGGCCAUCCAGUCCCUUCCUUAGGGCUGCUCUUCCUAUGGCCUCUGACCCCCUCCUCCUCCUUACGCUGCUUUGCUGGGCGCACCCGGUGCCCAGUGAGUCCCUUUCCCAAACCUCCAAGGAGAAGGGGCGUGGGAGGAGGGGAAGAACGGGGAACUGGAAAGGGGGGUGAGAAAUAAAGAUAACAGACAGAGAGAGAGACACACACACAGGCCAACAGGCAGACAGAGACUCAGAGAGAGAGACAGAGAUAGAGAGACAGACGGAAAUAAAGAGAGAGAGUGGAAAACAGGCUGACUCCCUGAGUCAGAAAUACAAAAAGGGACAGAGACAGACAGGGAAAAAGAAGUAAACAGAAAAUCAGACACCAAAGGGAUAGGGAAGAAAGACAGGCUGAAAGAGACGGAGGAAGGAGAGCGAAGCCAGGACGGGGCGUGCCAGCUGGAGGAAUGGACGGUCGCCUGGCAUGGGACGUGUAGUGGCCCCAGCCCACAGAGCUGGGUGGGCAGAGAGGAGCCGGGGCGCAGCGGGGGUGAGGGGGGAUGGGAGGGGCAGGCGUUGUGCUGCUGCUGCUGCUGCUGGCCGGAGCGGGCGCCGGGGUGGCCUGGAGACCACCAAAGGGAAAGUGCCCUCCGAGCUGCUCCUGCUCCAAGGAUAGUGCCCUGUGUGAGGGCUCUCCAGACCUGCCCGAGAGCUUCUCCCCGACCCUGCUGUCACUCUCACUCGUUAGGACUGGAAUCACCCAGCUGAAGGCCGGAAGCUUCCUGAGGGUGCCCACACUGCACCUGCUCCUCUUCACAUCCAACUCCUUCUCUGUGAUUGAGGACGAUGCAUUUGCGGGCCUGUCCCACCUGCAGUACCUCUUCAUCGAGGACAAUGACAUUGGCUCCAUCUCUAAGAACGCUCUCAGAGGACUUCGCUCACUCACACACCUGAGCCUGGCCAGUAAUAAUCUCGAGACCCUCCCCAGAUUCCUGUUCCGAGGCCUGGAGACCCUAACUCAUGUAUCAAAAGAUUCGCUAUCCGUCCCUUUGAGGUGCACACCCCUCAUUUCAGAGAUGUGGAAACCGAGGCUCAGCGAUGAGGGCCCUCGGGGUCCGCCGUGCCUCCCUGACUCUCUCCUGCCACCCCCAGAGCUGUCCUGGUUCCAGACGGUCGGGGAGGCGGCGCUGGGCGUGGAGUCCUUCUCCUACCAGGGGGAGCCCCACAUGGUCCUGGCACAGCCGUUUGCGGGCCGUUGUCUGGUCCUCACCUGGGACUACAGCCUGCAGCGUUUCCGGCCCGAGGAAGAGCUGUCGGCGCCCUCGGUGGUGUCCUGCAAGCCACUGGUGCUGGGCCCGAGCCUCUUCGUGCUGGCCGCCCGCCUGUGGGGUGGCUCGCAGCUGUGGGCCCGGCCCGGCCCCGGCCUGCGCCUGGCCCCCACACAGGCCCUGGCCCCACGACGGCUGCUGCGGCCCAAUGACGCCGAGCUCCUGUGGCUGGACGGGCAGCCCUGCUUCGUGGUGGCCGACGCCUCCAAGGCGGGCAGCACCACGCUGCUGUGCCGGGACGGGCCCGGCUUCUACCCUCGCCAGAGCCUGCACGCCUGGCACCGGGACACGGAUGCCGAGGCCCUCGAGCUGGACGGCCGGCCCCACCUACUGCUGGCCUCUGCCUCACAGCGGCCCGUGCUCUUCCACUGGCUCGGGGGCCGCUUCGAGAGGCGCACAGACAUCCCCGAGGCUGAGGACGUCUAUGCCACGCGUCACUUCCAGGCCGGCGGGGACGUGUUCCUGUGCCUGACACGCUACAUCGGGGACUCCAUGGUCAUGCGCUGGGACGGCUCCAUGUUCCGCCUGCUGCAGCGACUGCCCUCGCGUGGUGCCCACGUCUUCCAGCCGCUGCUCAUCGCCAGGGACCAGCUGGCUAUCCUGGGCAGCGACUUCGCCUUCAGUCAGGUCUUGCGUCUUGAGCCUGACAAAGGGCUCCUGGAGCCGCUGCAGGAGCUGGGGCCCCCAGCCUUGGUGGCCCCCCGUGCCUUUGCUCACAUCACCGUGGCCGGCAGACGCUUCCUCUUCGCCGCUUGCUUCAAGGGCCCCACACAGAUCUACCAGCAUCACGAGCUAGACCUCAGUGCCUGAAACGCGAGGGGACCUUGAGACCUUGGACACGGCUCGGAGGGGAGGGGGCACUGGCGCGGGGAGUCCCAGGCCUCUGGACGCUCACUUGAACGGCCUCCUGGCCCUACCCGGGGUGAUGGUAUCUGUGAGGUACCGACCACAGGCCGAGUUCAAGACGAGGGCCUUGAACUUCCAGUCUGAAGCAACAUCUCAGCCCGUGGCACACGCUCCGACCAAGCAUGACUUGGGGCUCGGCUGGGGCACCACAAGAAGCUGGGGUACCGAAGCCAUGGUGGGGGCGAUGUGCAGAACUCCGUGAGGUCCGGAAGAGCCCCCUCAAGCCCACUCCCCUCCUGCUCCCUCUGAAAAUACUGAGGAGGAGAGAGCUUUCCCUUCCCUCUAAACUCAUUCUGGCCAAUCUCUUUUAGUGCCCGCCUCCGUGACGUCAUCAGUCGCUGGGCCGGUUUCCCCGCCCCGGGCCUGCUAACUUCCUCUGCUGCUUUGUGCGCAUGCCUCCUGCCCAGGCGGAAGCCCAGCGUGUUGGCCCUCUUGCGCCUGCGCAAGAAAUAGGUGGGAAAGUAGGUGUUGUGGCUGGAGCCCCCGCUACCCUUUCUCUGGAGAGGACGGGAAGUGUAUAAGCUCAAUAAACACGCUGUGCACCUGCCUCA